AUGGCGGAUGAGAAUGAGACAGCAGUGAAGCAGGAGGAACAAGUGGAUCUAGAGGAGGAUCACGGACACUGUAGCGACUGCGAAAAUGAAGAGCAUCAUUUCGAUGAUGGGGAGAAGGGAGACACAGGGGCCAAGAAAAAGAAGAAAAAACAGAAGAAGAAGAAGGACAAGUCUGGAGGAAAGGACUCUGCACAAGACCCAAUGGCUAAAGUAAACUCUCUUCCUGCUGAGAAGCUUCAGGAGAUUCAGAAAGCCAUUGAACUUUUCUCGGUGGGACCAGGACCAGCCAAAACCAUGGAGGAGGCCUCACGCCGCAGCUAUCAGUUCUGGGAUACCCAACCUGUACCCAAACUAGGAGAGAUGGUGACCACACACGGCUGCAUCGAACCUGAUAAAGACAACAUCAGAGAUGAGCCGUACAGCCUCCCUCAGGGUUUCGUCUGGGAUGCGUUGGACCUUGGGAACUCUGCCGUGCUGAAGGAGCUGUACACUCUUCUGAAUGAGAACUAUGUGGAGGACGAUGAUAACAUGUUCCGCUUUGACUACUCGCCUGAGUUCCUUCUUUGGGCGCUGCGUCCUCCAGGCUGGCUUCCCCAGUGGCACUGUGGCGUAAGAGUGAACUCCAAUCAUAAACUAGUGGGCUUCAUCAGUGCCAUUCCAGCCAACAUCCGCAUCUACGACACAGAGAAGAAGAUGGUGGAGAUUAACUUCCUGUGUGUGCACAAGAAGCUGCGCUCCAAACGUGUGGCUCCGGUGCUGAUCCGAGAGAUUACCAGACGGGUGAACCUACAGGGCAUCUUCCAGGCAGUCUACACUGCCGGAGUGGUACUGCCCAAACCAGUGGGUACCUGCAGGUACUGGCAUCGAUCUCUGAACCCACGUAAACUCAUUGAAGUAAAAUUCUCUCACCUGAGUCGGAACAUGACUAUGCAACGCACCAUGAAGCUCUACCGCCUGCCAGAGGCUAGGAAGACUCCAGGACUGAGAACAAUGACUAAAAAGGACGUUCCAGCUGUGCACCGACUGCUGCUAGAUUACCUCCGUCAGUUCUACCUGUCUCCAGUGAUGAGUGUGGAUGAGGUUCAGCACUGGCUCCUGCCUCAGGAGAACAUCAUUGAUACUUUUGUGGUGGAGAGUCCAGAGGGGAAGGUGACGGACUUAAUAAGUUUCUACACCCUUCCAUCCACCAUCAUGAACCACCCAGUGCACCGCAGUCUGAAAGCAGCCUACUCCUUCUACAACGUGCACACCAGCACUCCGCUGAUCGAUCUGAUGGGAGACGCUCUCAUCCUUGCCAAGACGAAAGGAUUUGAUGUAUUUAAUGCACUGGAUUUGAUGGAGAAUAAGACGUUCCUGGAGAAGCUGAAGUUCGGGAUUGGUGAUGGGAAUCUGCAGUAUUACCUUUACAAUUGGAAAUGCCCCAGCAUGGGCUCAGAGAAGGUCGGUUUGGUCCUGCAGUGACCAUCUCGAGUCAUCGAGCCCUUCCUUGCGACAUAGUAAAGCCACGUUUGACAUCAUGCACUGACCAGAAGGCAGAUGCUCUGGAGAGACUUCCAGGUUUAGGAAGAAAAAGAAGCAACUGCCCAUUAAUUGCAGUUGAACAGACCUUUUGGACCUGCACUACUGCUGGCAGACCAAGAGCGGAGUAUUUUCCUGAUUUUUCUCUUUCUCUCUGCACAUUUUUUCUCUGUCAUUUUUCUACUUUCUUCCUCAGUUCUUGAACCUAAAGCCACAUAUAACUGCAACAACUGCUAUGAUCGUGGUGAGACUUAAUAAACCACACACAGAAACAGCAGCGGCUCCAUCUUACAAACUCCUGAAAUUCUCAGAAACGUUAGUCAACCGAUUCAGUCCAGCAGCUUUACUUCUGUCCUAAUAUGAGAGGUACUUUUGCAAAAGAAAAGAGAAAAUUCCUGUCAUCCUUUUGUUUUUGUAAGAUGACUAUUAAAAAACACUAGAAAAUGCUUAUAACGGUGAAACAACAAACACAGAUAAUAAAAAUCCAGAGUGGACAUAACAAGGGCUGCUGUCAGUAUUUUUUCAUUAUUUUAGUAAUUUAGUGUUAAAACCAUGAGUGUCACUGACUUUCACACUUUGUGUGAGAAAAUAUCUGUUUUGUUUCAUUGCUUUUAUCACAUACUGACAACUAACAAUCCACAAUGAACUUAAAACUAAUGAUAUUUGAAGGGCAAUCGACGGAGUGUAAAAGUGGACGAUAUGGAAUAGUGCUUAGCAUAAAGGUGGUUGUAUUCAAAUGUGGAAAUUUAAAUAUUUAAAAGCUAUGAUGUUUCUGAGGUAAAAUACAUUUCUACUGGUAAGAAGAGUAAUAUACAGUACAGUAAACACAAGGGACAUAAGCAGUGAGACUGUUUCCUAUGAAAAGAGGUAAUAAGAAAAGCUAUAGUGUUGAUCGAAUACAGAUAUUAGGGAAGACCUAUAUCAGUGGGUAUUAUGAUAAAAAACGAACCACAAUCUUUUGCUUUUUGUGAUGGAGGAAGGAAAAAUGGUAAUUAUGGAGAAUUUUGUGCUGAAUAAAAGUUGAUGUGAGUG